AUGGCCGAUGUUACGCAGGGGACCUCGCGUGGCGUUCGGAAACCUCGCAAAUCCCGCGGCCGUGGAUUGCGGGCCACUACUGGCUGCCUGAUUUGCAAACGCCGGCAUGUCAAAUGUGAUGAGGCUCGCCCACAAUGCGGCCCUUGUGCUAAAGGCCAACGUGACUGUGUCUAUGGGAGCAGCUAUGAGUCCGGAACUCCCAAUAUAGAGGAUAGACAAACACCCAUUGCAUCGCACUCCUCUCCUCCAUCACAGUUGACUCCACAGGUGCAGCUACACGAGCCCCUGCGAGUUUUGGUAGAUGUCUGCGAGCAUGAAGACGCUUCCGCUCACCGAGCGUCGGCUACGGCAUCUCCAAGAGGGCAGCACAGCAGUGCAACGCCGCAUGUUGGUCUACAUCAACACAGCCAUGUCUCUCCGUCAGCCUCGAUUCACGACUUCACACCCUCUCCAGCUACGGACUCCUCGGUAUCGACCAGACUUGCGCCCUUGAGUUGGUUCGAGCUUCUGGCCAAUGAUGCCGUGAAUGCGGACCGAAACUUUUUCCUAUCAUCACCGCAUCGAGAUGUCAACCCUGCUUGCCAGGGAUCCACAACCCAUCUGUCGGUCGCAAACCUUCAACCUCAUAAUGCUAGGGAGUGUCAAAGCUUCCAAGCAGCUUCUUUUGAUCGUGAUCCAGGUAUCGAGAACAGGAUUUCGCCUGCAGCCGAUGGCCACCCAAAGCUUCCCGAUGACCCGUCUUCUUGGAGUACUUCCGCGCCCAUUCAGUUAACCCAACAAGAACACCUCAUGUUCAAACACUUUGUCCGGAAUAUGUCAGGUUGGUAUGAUUUCUUCGACCCAACGCAACAAAUUUCAAGCAAGGUCCCACAUUUGGCCAUGAGAAAUAUAGGUGUAAUGAAGGCCCUUCUGGCCCUCUCAGCACGCCAUCUUUCCAUCUGGCAUACCUACAAAGGUUCGGGAGUUAUUCCAUACCGGGAAGAUGGAAGAAGAAUGAUGGAUUUCCCGGAUGUCGAUCGCAACAUUGCGGUCCAGUAUUACUACGAGACCCUACAGUAUCUCAAUAAGGCUAUGCAGUAUCCCAGCUACGCAUACAGCCACGAGAUCAUUAGCACGUCGCUUCUGAUCAGCACAUACGAAAUGGUGGAUGGAUCUAAUCGAGACUGGGAGCGGCAUCUGAAAGGGGUAUUCUGGAUUCAAAGAUACCAAAACAACGACGGAGAAUGUGGGGGUUUGCGUCAAGCCAUCUGGUGGGCAUGGUUACGGCAGGACGCCUGGGUAGCCAUGCGGGAGCGUCGGCGAAUCUUCAGCUUCUGGAAGCCUAAGCGACACAUCUCCUCGCUGUCUCCCCCGGAGCUGGCCAGUUUCGUUUCAUACAUCCUGGGACAAUGCGUCAACUAUGCCUCACGCGAAGAGGCAGCAUCUAAAGACAUACAGAGUCGCUUGGAGAGGGGGAAUGAGCUGCUCUAUAUGUUGCAGGAAUGGCAGGAUUAUCUGCCGCCGGAGUUCAAUCCACUCCCGUGUGAGCAGGACGCGACCGUCUUUCCGCCUAUUUGGGUCCAUCCGCCCCCAUACGCAGCGGCAUUGCAAAUACACAGCUUAGCCCGAAUUCUGGUGUUAUCACAUCGUCCGACGGUGAACGGUUUCCAAGACUACCGGGCUGCCCAAAAGAUGCUUACUACGUCAGUGAACACAAUAUGUGGAAUUGCUCGAACUAUACGUGAGGAUGAUCUUGCUGCCAGCCUCAUGUCUUUGUAUUGUAUAUAUGGGGCUGGCAUGAGCGUCCAUACCCCUCAUGAGCGGGCAGCGUUGCUUGAAUUAAUCGACGUCUUCGAGAGCAGAGUCUGUUGGCCUAGAUACUCAUUACGCAACGACCUCGAAGCAGAAUACCGCAAGGAUGGCCUUUCUGGUGUCACAGCAUAG